CCAUGUUUUGAACACUAAAUCGCGAAACAACAAAGAUUAUGUUCACUACUAAGGUCGUGAAUAAAUGUUCUUAAUCUGCUCAACAGCAAUAUGUCUCGUAGCAUUACUGCUGCCUGCUAGUGUCGAGGCAUCCAAGAAUGCAAUCAAUGAAACUGACCCAGCUGAUGAUAGCAAUACAACUGAACCAUCUAAUAACCAAAACUUAACCGAAGUUACCAACACCACAGCUGUGACAACUACUGCUACUGAUACUAGAUCUAGUAGCGAUAUACCCCAUACCACCUCUACUGUUACUACCACCGUUUCCACAGGGACUGAAUUGAAUCAAAUCACCAGCAGCGAUUGGACAGAACCGGAAACCAGCUCCACAAUCCAGACCGUUUCUAUAAACAUCCCUAUUGUUACACAUACAAGUUCAACGUUGCAUAACAAUAGCUACGCCCCCCACUACUAUCUUCGUUACGCCAUUCCGCUGGGUGUUGUAGGGCUCAUGAGUCUGUACAUCCUCAUCUUGGUCUGUUUUUUGACUAGAAGAAUUCGAAAACAAAUGAAAGCUCCGAUGCCACACAGAGUCAGUCGCUUACUGGAUAUAGAGGAAGAUGCUAAGCCCAAACGGCGAAUAUCAGUCGCACAAGCUCACAGUUUCACAGGAAAAAGACAACGGCACAGCUUCUACGUGCCUCAGACAUGAAAGGAUUUUUCUACUGUUUUCCUACAAGAAUAAAGAUUACAGAGUUUAAAGAUAACAGAGAUUAAAGAUAACACUUUUUGUAAUAUCUUUACAAUACUGCCUUUUUUUUAGUAAUCUAGGUGUAUAGAAAUCCAGUUGCCUUUAUAAUAUAUAUAUUGGAAUUAAUAUCAGUUGAUUACACGUUGUAUUUUCAAUUCUUGUCAUUGGUAAUGACAUACAUAAUCCAACAUUUAAAUACAACUUUGUGUGUUCGAUGAAAUCACUUUACACAUGAACAGCGAGUUAUUGAUCACUGAACUGCGAUUAAUAUGUGAAAUGUUUUUCUAGGCCUCUGUUCUUUUUACACCAUUUCAUUGAAAUAUUUUUAUUUUGGUAAAAAUAAAAUCAAAACGUUCAGAGGGAAUUCAUGAAACCCAUAAGAAAAGCCAAAUAAACAUGUUUGUUCUUCAUAGA